UCUGGAGAAGAUAUUACUGGUGCAAAGAAUGAAAUGAAGUGUGACAGCCAAGCACCUGAAAACAAGAGUGAGACAGAGAAAUCCAUCCCAGUAACGAAGAAAGAUGGCGAAAAUCCUACACCUGCAAAAGCGGAAGUUCCUGACAAGGAGUUUGAGAAGCGCAUAAGACCAGAGGUUAUCCCUGCAAAUGAGAUAGGGGUUACAUUUGCAGAUAUUGGUGCAUUGGAUGAGAUCAAAGAAUCACUUCAAGAGCUGGUAAUGCUUCCCCUUAGAAGGCCAGACCUCUUCAAAGGUGGGCUUCUAAAGCGAUGUAGAGGUAUAUUGCUUUUUGGGCCUCCUGGUACUGGAAAAACAAUGCUAGCAAAGGCAAUUGCAAAUGAAGCUGGUGCAAGUUUCAUUAAUGUCUCAAUGUCAACCAUCACAUCAAAAUGGUUUGGAGAGGAUGAAAAGAAUGUCCGAGCUAAGGUUGCCCCAACAAUUAUCUUUGUUGAUGAGGUUGACAGCAUGCUUGGACAGAGGACUAGAGUAGGAGAGCAUGAGGCUAUGAGGAAGAUUAAAAAUGAAUUCAUGACACACUGGGAUGGGCUAUUAACAGGACCUAAUGAGCAAAUUUUGGUUCUUGCAGCAACCAACAGGCCAUUUGACCUUGAUGAAGCUAUCAUAAGACGGUUUGAGAGAAGGAUCUUGGUUGGUCUUCCAUCUGUUGAGAACAGGGAAAUGAUCUUGAAGACUCUUUUGGCUAAAGAAAAACAUGAAAACUUAGACUUCAAAGAGCUGGCAACCAUGACAGAAGGAUAUACUGGAAGUGAUCUUAAGAAUUUGUGCAUCACUGUGGCUUAUCGACCUGUUAGAGAGCUAAUACAGCAAGAGAGAAUGAAGGACAUGGAAAAGAAGAAAAGAGAAGCAGAAGGCCAAAGUUCUGAAGAUGCUUCAAACAAUAAAGAUAAGGAAGAACAAGAAAUUACCCUGAGGCCUUUAAACAUGGAAGACAUGAGAGAGGCUAAGACUCAGGUAGGGUGAAUUUAAAAUUUCACU